AUGUUUUUUAUAAUAAGUGUUACGCUACUUUUGCUAUUAGCAUUUCUAGCCUUUACUUCAGCUACUGCUAUGAAGGAAUAUGAAUCAAAACCUAGAUUAUUUUCUAAGAAUUCCUUUAUUUUCACAAAUACCGGUAGUUGUACUCCGGAGACUUCAAUGGCAAAUACAGGAGUUAAACUAUCUCUUUUUAAAAAAAAAGACCCAUCUCCCUCAACGAACCCUAGCAGUCAACUUUUAGUUAUUACGAUUUCAGAAUCAUUUGGUCUAUCAAAAUUUAUACGACUAGUAUUCAUUUUAUUUUUUAAUUCUAAAAUUGUAUCUUUUAUCAUAUAA